AGUUUGAUUUGUCCAUUGUGUUACCAUUUUCAUGUUUUGUAAACUGCUAAAUAGCACUAUUAGUUGAUCCUCAGUCUGCAGAUGUAAAGAUAGUUCAAGUAGUUGUUUUUGCGUGAUUAACUAUGGUUAGGGCCUGAAAAUUGGAUAUCAUUUCUGAUUUCAUGGUUGGUAAACUGGUAAAAUACACUGCUAAUAGUUGCAUAUGGUUGAAGACUGGAAUGAUCUGCAAGAGAUGUUGUUACCGCUGCAUGUUAUUCUUCUGAUGGACAGGUUGCAAUGGUGGGAUCUCACAAGGGAAGCUGCCAUUUAUUUGAUACAACUGCAGUAUGCUCCAGGAAGCUCCUUGGGAGUCCUGACUACUUCUGCAGAGUCAAGAAUCCGUGUUGGUAAUGGCGAUGAGCUUCUCGCCUUCUCCACAGAUUUAAAGGGGUUCAGCAAUACCGGAAGCCAAAUCUCAGCAUCUGUAGCUCCAGAGGGGAAAUCUGUAGUCUGUGUGUGCCUGUGAGGACUCCCAUGUGUUAAAUGUGUAUGUCUGGAACAUGGCAACAGUCCCUGUCCAAGCAGAAGCAGAAGCUGAAGCAGGAGUCCAUGAUGUAGCUGUCGAACUCGCAUGGCCCGGUAUCAUUUGAGUAUCGUAGCAGCAGACAGCCAGACACCGCGAUUUGGACGGUGCAGUGAACUCUGCCCUGAAGCUCCUGUACAACACGGUGAGCAUGAACCGAAUGGGACUGCUCACAGAUACACGGAGAGCCCAGUUUGCGAAGCUGGUUCAGAGCACAAACAUCAGCAAUCAUCCAGUUGAAGCAGUGCCCCCAUCCUUGCACGACGAACAACUACCGUCUGCCAAGAGCAGUCGUAGCCAUGGCUAUCUAGCGCCUGUCUGGGUGGGGUUUGGUAUUUGUCACCGCAGGACGAGGAGGAGAAAUCAGAGUGUUCCAGAAUUUUGGUUUCCCUGUUGCGAGUGUAAAGCUAGUGUAAGAGCGGGGAGCUGUUGGUUUCUUUACUGUGUAGAUAUCUUUUAUUUCUUCACCAGUUCACCUAGAAUCUCAACUAUUUGAAAGUUCUGGGGACUGGUUAGCAUGCAUGCGUCCACCAUAUUUUUCUAGUUUGGUCAAAAUUUGUCUUGUUAAAGUAUUAUCACAUAAUAUUUCAUUCAGUUUUUUGUGUGUGUCAUGAUGUUUCUUUUAGGACUUUGAUAACUGGCGAACAUCAGAUUUGUUUUUUAUGGGUA